UUAAAUCUUCCAAAUUAAGAGAUUAUCGUGAUAAUAAUAAUAGUAAUUAAGUAUAAAUACUGGUCUAAGGUAACAGUUUCAUUACUGAAGAAGAAUUGGAUAACCAUGCGUACUCUGAUCGUCUUGGCGCUGGUCGCAGCUGCUUUUGCAGCGGAGGUUCCCUCCGACCCCUACCCCAACGCCCAAAGAAUCGUUGGUGGUACGGUCACCGACAUCAGCCAGUGGCCUGAGAUGGCCGCUCUGCUGUUCUCCUGGGGAACCACUGGCCACAGGCAAUCCUGUGGAGGUACCAUCCUGAACCAGCGGUCCAUCCUCUCAGCCGCUCACUGCUUCGUUGGCCACGCCACCGCCAGAUGGCAAGUGCGUCUUGGAUCCACAAACGCCAACAGCGGCGGAUCCGUCUUCACCACCCAGCAACUGAUCAAUCACCCUCAGUACAACAGCCCCGCUCGUUACGACAAUGAUGUCGCCAUCCUCCGCGUUGUUGGCACCAUCAACUACGGCAACAACAUCCGCGCUGGUAGCAUCGCUGGUGCCAACUACAACCUGGGUGACAACCAAGUCGUCUGGGCUACUGGAUGGGGCACAACCUCUGCUGGUGGCUCCCUCUCUGAGCAGCUCCGUCAAGUCCAGAUCUGGGCUGUGAACCAGAACACUUGCAGGACUCGCUAUGCCUCUGCUGGCUGGACCAUCACCGACAACAUGUUGUGCUCCGGGUGGUUGGACGUCGGCGGUCGCGACCAGUGCCAGGGUGACUCUGGCGGCCCUCUCUUCCACAACAGAAUCGUCGUCGGUGUCUGCUCCUGGGGUCUUGGCUGCGCCGAUUCCUUCUACCCUGGUGUUAACGCUCGCGUUUCCCGCUACACUGCCUGGAUUCAGGCUAACGCCUAAGUUUUUUUUUUACGAAAAUAAAUAUGAUUGGUAAUUGAA